AUGAAGUCAAUGAAAGAAGAAAAGUGGAAAAACAAAGCAUUGCAUGGCCAGUAUCCAAAGAUCCUAGAGAAGCCGCAUGUAGAUACAGUCACUACCAACAAAUGGUUGUCAAGUAAUUUGAAAGGAGAAACAGAGGGACUACUUGUUGCAGCUCAAGACCAGGCAAUAAACACCAGAAACUACCAGAAAGUAAUAUGUGGCCAGCAAGUGGAGAGCAAAUGCAGAUUGUGUUCGCAACAUGAAGAGACAGUGGACCAUAUUGUAUCUGGAUGUGAGGUAUUAGCCAAAACAGAGUACAUCUCCAGGCACAAUAAUGCUGCAGCGUAUCUCCAUUGGAGCAUAUGUAAAGAUCAUGAUAUAGAGAUUACAGACAAAUGGUACGAACACGAACCAGAGACCGUGAUACACAAUAAGAUAACAACAUCACCAUCAUGUGGGACAUGCCAGUCAAUACCGAUAGAACUAUAA